GAGUUGUUUGUUGAAACAAUAGCCAAAGACGCUUACGUGUACGCCCAGCAAGGGAAAAGGAAGACUCUGCAGAGAAAAGACCUGGAUAAUGCCAUCGAAGCUAUUGAUGAGUUCGCGUUUUUGGAAGGUGCCGGAGCCGUUGGCAGAGAGGCCGAGCAAGGGAACCUGUUUGCAGAGCGGGGCUGCUGCAGGAGGCAGAGCCACUUCAUCUACGUCGGGCGUGAUGCCUCUGGCAGUCCUGUCAGCAUGGACGUUGGAAAGUGCCGCUCCAGCUGCCUGUCCCAGCGGAUCAGCUCCCCCCCCCACACCCUUCUGGGGCUCUCCAGACACUCCUCCAUGCUCGAUUUCCUUAGAAGCAAGAAGCUGCAGGUGAGGCGCCCCGACUCGCCGCUGCGGCCGGGCGCCCCCCGUUCCUGCCCUGCGGGUUCCUGCUGCGAGCCGGCCCGCCUUCGGCUCCUGCUCUUGGACGGCAUUGGGGAGGUGGAGGUGGUCGAUGGCUGCCACUGCAGCGCCUGCCCCGAGGAAUGUCUCCGUCUCCCAGCUCUGAAAACCUUCUUUCCAGACUCUCCCUGGGAGGUCACGGUCGAUGUGGGGAAGUGCUCUGAGCCAACCUCCAGUGCAGAUGGACUUUUCUGCGUGCCUACAAAGUUCAGCACUGCUCUAGUCAAAAACCCUCAAGGCGGGGAAGUGGUUCAGAUGCUGGAGAACUGUGAAAUGAAGGAAAAAUGCUAUCGCGUUUCCCAGGUGGAAUAUUAUUAUGAAAUCGUGCACAGCUCUGCGGGACACAGGGAGGAGCGGCUCAAGGAAAUUGAUGUGGGAAGGUGCUUGGGCAGCUGCUCCUCGGGGGAUCCCCGCUUGCUUAGGUAAGCACAGCUGCCAGGAGCCGGCCCUUCUCCUUCCCGGGCACAUCCCGCACAUUCAGAGGCGG